GUUUUUUCCAUGUUUUUAUCUUCAUCGGGGCGAGGGAGACAGCAUCCUCCUCCUCCUCCUCCUCUCUUCGCCGUCAUUCAUCCUCAUCGGAACAAAUGGGGAGAGAGGGCCCUCUAUUUCUCCUCCUUCUAUCUAUGAGGAGUAUCAUCGUUCUCAUCAGAAACUCGAGAGAGGACCUCUAUUUCUGAUUGUCUUCGCCUCCUUCCCUCUUUACUAUCAUUGAACGGUUCAGGCAUCAAUCAUCCUCAUCAUACAGUUGAUAGAGCAGCGUCGUCUCCAGAUUUUGGAAGGGUUUCAAUGUCAAAGAGUAAAGCAAGAGUUAAAGAUAGGAUUAGUGCAUUACCUGAUGAAGUUCUUUGUAAGGUUCUUUCCUGCCUUGAUAUACGAUAUGCUGUGAGGACCACCGUUUUGUCCCCGAGAUGGAACAACCUAUGGACCUCUCUUCCCAACUUAUGCUUUUGCAAUGAUUAUUUCAUUGAUGAUGAUGCUUUCAUGACGUUUGUGGAUCGUGUUCUUUUCUUUCGCGACUCCUCAGACAUCAAAAAAUUCUGUCUUGACUUCGACGAACCCAAGGAGGAAAAUUUCUGUCGUAUUGAAAGUUGGAUAUGUACAGCCAUUAGGCGGAAUGUUGUUGAACUUGAUCUUUCUGUCAAUUUAUAUCCAGACUAUAAGACUUUUGAAUUGCCUCGAAGUCUUUUCACUUGCAAAACACUAGAGGUGUUGAGCCUGAAGUCAAAUUUUAUUGCAAAUCCUCCAAAAUCUGGGUGUUUCCCAAGUCUCAAGGUACUCGAAGUUCUAGUUCGUUAUCCUGACCUUGAUAACUCGUCAUUAGAACAGAUUUUCGCUUACUGUCCUGUGCUCGAGGAUUUGAGAAUUGAAGGAUCUCUUGGGGAGUGUUGUGAUGUUUUGGAUUUCAAAAUCUCUGCACCUGAACUGAAAAGAUUAACAAUAGGAUUGGACAUUGACAGUUUUGAUGAUGAGAAGUAUAAUUUUUAUAUUAAUGCUCCAAAACUAGAAGUCUUUAACCUCCCUGCGGGUGAUUCGUCAGUGUUUUCAUUUGAGAUCAAUGCAAAAUCCCUCUUCAAAGCCAAUAUCAAUCUUUCUAGCUGUUGUAUACAUUUUGACAGUACAAAUGGACUUCUGGAAGCCAUCUCCAAUGUCAAACAGUUGUCUCUUUCAACUCGUAAUUUGGAGGGUGGUGUACCUGCUUUUGAUAAUCUGAACCAUUUGGAACUGAUUCUUGGUGGUUCUACCUGUUGGCGAUAUCUAAUAGAGUUUCUCAAGAGAUCACCGAAUCUAGAACAUCUUGUUAUCAAACAUGAUUGCGGAUUCAAGCAUGAGGACUUUACUCCUCUAGAGUUUGUGCCUGUUUGUAUGUUGUCACAUCUCAAGACUAUUACCAUAGCAAGCUUCAGGGGAAGUCAGGAUAAUAUGAGAGUAGCUCAGUAUUUGCUAAAGUACAGUGAAGUUUUGAAUAAGAUGAUUUUUACCAUUUCAGAAGGUCUUCCGAAUGCAGAAGAGAAGGCAUUGUACAAAGAAUUUUUAAUGUUCGAACGGGGUUCAAAGACUUGUCAAGUUGAAAUAUAUAACUAGGAUGCCCUUCUUGGUUUUAACAGGAUUCUAUGUUCAACUGUAAUUCAAGAUUUUGGAAGGAUUUUUCUAGAAAAGUUGUAAAAAAUAUCCUCUUUGGGGAUAAAAGUUGAGUC